CCUGGUGGCUUUGCAUGUUUGGUGCCUGAUUGGCUGGAAGAUAAGCAUCGUCUGAUUGGCUGAACGACAGACAGGUUUCGUCUGAUUGGCUGAGGGAAAGUGCUCAGCUGAUUUCCAACAAACUUUUCAGCUGUUGCUUGAAUCCAACUUUCCCCAAAACAGUUCAGCUGGCGGCGCGUGCGCAAGUUGUUGGAAGCACAUGGAUGCGCGUGAACUUUGAUGCUGGAGGAUCUGACGGUCAGCUGAUGCGCAAUGGCAGCUUUAAGCAGUGUUAACCUGAAGACUUUGGAGGAUCUGACGCUGGAUUCGGGAUACGGCGCGGGGGACUCGUACCACUCGCUCAGCCUUUCGUCAUCCAAAUCCAACUCUCUGCUCACCUCCACUGCGUACCGGCCAAACCGGUGCUGCCGCUCCGCCUCCACCAACAGCCGCAACGACAGCUGGGACUCCGUGAACACCGUACCGGAGGACCCGGAGGACAUUUUCGCGAGAUGCCCCCGGUUGCCGGAGCUGGAGGAAUUCCCCUGGACGGACGCCGAGGUGGACCGCGUGCUGCGCAAGGUCUCCGUGGGGGAGCGCGCGGCCCGGGCGGACGUCGCGCGCGCCGUGUCUCGGCUGCUGCGGCGGCCGCUGUUGCGCGUGGCGCGCGAGGCGCAGCGGCUGAGUGUGCUGCGAUGCCGGUGCACGCGCCACGAGGUGCAGAGCGCCGCGCGGCUCGUGCUCAGCUGGACGCUCGCCGACGCGUGCGUCUCGGCCGCCGCGCGCGCCAUGUCCCUGUACAGCAUGAGCACCGGGGAGCCGCUGUGCGCGAGCAAGUCGUCGCGCUGCGGCCUCGUCCUGUCCGUGGGCCGCUUCUUCCGCUGGAUGGUGGACACACGGGUGUCGGUGCGCGUCCACGAGCACGCCGCCAUCUGCCUCGCCUCGUGCAUGGAGACUCUCAUGGAGGAGAUCGGGGUCAGGGUUCUGACAGCGUGCGACGCGGGUCGUUUCGGGUAUCCGGUGGCCGCAGAUUUCCUGGAAACAGCAGUCAACGGUGACCCCGAGCUCUAUGGUCUCCUGCAGAACUAUGAACAUCUGAUCUGCGGGAAAAACGCCAACGGCGAACUCUCGCUGCCUGCACACUUCAGCCCCUAUUCUGAGGGACACGCUUCAGGUUCCGAGAGCAGAGAGGAGGCGUGUCUUCAGAUGGAGGUGAGGACGCUGGAGCAGGCUUUGCUGGCCACCUGUGUAGGAAGCAUCUCUGAGCUCAGUGACCUGGUGUCUCGCGCUAUGCGCCACAUGCAGCGUCUGCUUUCGGGGGGCUGCGUCCUCAGUCCUAGCCAUCCCAGCCACAAGCAGCAGCUCUUCUGGUCUCCCGAUGCAUUGCAUACUCUCUACUAUUUCCUGCGCAGUCCACAGAUGGAGUCUAUGGAAAAUCCAAACUUGGAGCCACCCAGGAUGGCACUGAGCAAAGAGAGGCAGUUUCCUUUACUCCCGCCUCUAAUGGAGUGGAUGCGUGUUGCGAUGGUACAUGCUGAGCAUCGGCGGAGUCUUUUAGUGGACAGCGAUGACGUGAGACAGACGGCCAGGCUCCUCCUGCCCGGACUGGACUGUGAACCCAGGCAGCUCAAGCCAGAGUGCUGUUUCAGCUCUUUUAAACGUUUGGACUCGAAGUCUGCUUUAGACAAGUUUAACCUGGACCUGGGUUUCCGCAUGCUCAACUGCGGACGCACUGAUCUGAUUGGUCAGGCCAUCCAGCUGCUCGGGCCUGAUGGAGUAGAUACUAUGGACGAUCAGGGCAUGACUCCUCUGAUGUAUGCCUGCUCAGCGGGAGAUGAAGCUCUGGUCCACAUGCUCAUUCAUGCAGGCGCUAAUCUGGAUCUAGCGGUUCCUAGCUUCUUGCCUAAACACCCAUCUGUUCACCCUGAUAGUCGCCACUGGGUGGCUCUAACCUUCGCUGUGCUGUACGGACAUUUAUCAGUGGUACAGUUGCUGUUGGAUAUGGGGGCUGACGUGGAGGGCUGUGCUCACAAGAGUGGGCACCAGGGCUCGGCAGAGACACCGCUUCAAUUGGCAUCUGCUGCAGGGAACUAUGAGAUGGUCAGCCUGCUCCUGUCCCGUGGUGCUGACCCCAUGCUUCGAGUGCACAGUGGGAGUUCUCUUACAUCGCUGUACGAGGAUAUGAACUGCUUCAGUCAAGCUGCGGCACAUGGACACCGGAAUGUGCUGAGGAAGCUACUGAGUCACCCCCAGCAGCUGCAGGAGGAUGUGCUCUCUCUGGAGGAGAUUUUGGCUGAAGGUGUGGAAGAGGUACAGAGGAAAGAGCAUCGAUCUGUCCCCACUCCCAGUGUAGGGGUCGCCCCACCGCUGACCAAGGUCCGAAUCCGAGCCCUGCAGGAGGCCAGCCUUCACAGUGCCGAGCACGGCUACCUGGAUGUCACAAUGGAGCUCAGAGCACUUGGUGUACCAUGGCGGUUACACAUGUGGCUAGAAUCUCUGCACACAGCACAGCUUCAGUCCAGAACGGAGUUAACCCUCUCCCUCCUGAACGACUUCAGCUCUCUGUGGGAGGAGAAACACUGUGAGGAGCUGAUCUCCGAUGGGCUUCCCCUGCUCUUCUCCAUCAUCUCAACCACGAAGAAUAAAGAGAUCCGGGAGAAGCUGGGAUCCGUGUUUAGCCACUGCUUCGGCUCUGCACCUCUGCCUCCCAUUCCGGAACUGAAGAACUCAUCGGCAGCUCAGUUAGACAGCCAUUUCCUGAAUAACUCUGAGAUGUCGGAUGUGACGUUCCUGGUGGAAGGCAGGCCAUUCUACGCACACAGAGUGCUGCUCAUGUCAGCAUCACAAAGGUUCAAGGAUUUGCUCAGCAUUAACGAGUCCUAUGGCACGGAUCAUAUCGUCGAGAUCGCUGGAAUCAAGCACAGCACUUUUCAGAUGCUGAUGUCUCACCUGUACAGUGCAGGAGCAGGGAACUUGGAUUCAGCAGUGUCUGAUAUGUUAGAGCUUCUGCCAGUGGCGAACUCCUUCCAACUCGCCGCUCUGAAGAGGGUGUGUGAGAUACACUGUGCUGAGCGGAUGAGCGUCCAGAACUCUGUGUCCGUCUACCAUGCGGCCAUGGCAAGCGAUGCGGUGGAGCUGGCUUUCUUCUGCCAAAACUACUUUCUGCAGAAUUUGCCCAUCAUGCUUCAGAGACAAGACUUUGAAGAGCUCCUGCUGGGACCCAAGUGCAACGAAGUUCUCGAAGACCUGCACAAAGCCCUUGUUUCCCGCCUUCGCUCUUUCUGCAGCUCAGGAAAAGGGUGAAGUUGGUAGCCGGAUGUGUACCAUCACCUGUGCGUUCACACAGCGUCUUCUGUCAGCUCGGGUCUCAUUUGCCUUUUGGAGAUGAAUCCGUCAAAAUGGCCUGAGGUGCAAUUUGGAUAAUACACUUAUAUGAACUAUAGAGUUUGGAUAUUUCUAUUUGAAAUAUGGACGUUCUCUGCACUGAAGAAAGUGUAUAUCACUGGAAAUGACUACAUGGGUGGAAUGCAUUCGAGAAAAUUUUUCUCAGAAAUCUCACACAGCAUCUAUUGAGCAAGAAAGCAGAUGUACAAUAGUGGCCUCUAGUGGACGAAAUGUGAAUCGAAUGCUUGCGUUUAAAAUGAAGCCUGUCCAAGUUUGAAACCAAAGAAAGUAAAACUGCAUAUAUUUAAUUUUAUAUUUAUUACUGACAAUAUAUUUACCCCUUACCCUAUACGACUUCCCCUCUUGAAACGUCUUCCUAUUUGUUCCUUUGGUGACUUUUCCAGUACCCUGUAGUAUAACGUAUGCAAGAUUAGGUACAGAUUUUAUACUGUAAAUAUAACAUAUUACAUGCAUUUGUUGCGCUGGUACUGAUUGCCAUUCGUAGAUGUCUAAUUUUAUAUAUAUAUAUAAUUUUUAAUUGAAUAAUAAUUAAAAAAAAAAGGAUUUAAAAGCAAUGUUUUAUGGUAAAUACAUUGGCAGCAGUACAGUGUGAGAGGAAAUGACCUAAUUGGGAGAUUUAUUGUAGAUAACAAGGUUCCAAGCUGAAGCUGUUUAGAAAGCUAGAAGCAGUGUGUAGUCCAGCAUUUAACCCCGAUUUGAAUUUUCUGAUUUAUAUUAAAUAUUUAGAUAGUCAUAUCAUUAUAUUGUUCUACAGUGACACUAAUUAGUAAUGUAAAUCUGGCAAGUUCGAGGUGCUAUAAAAGUCUAUAAUUUCUGAUUUUUGAAUGAAAAGGAUUGAUAUCAUGCUUGGAAAGUUUUCUGCAUCACAUGAGAAGAAAAAAAAAACCACAAUGUAAAUGAGAAGUUUUGCAAUAAACCCAUUUAUAGGUUCAUGACUGA